GCAAAUCGGAGAGAUAGAAGCUAUAUAUACAUAUACAUAUGUAUACAUAAUCUCGCCGGAAAAUUUAUGCCUAUAAUAUUUUACGUAUCAAACUUCGUAAAAACGAUAGAGGAGGGUCGUGAGAGGUCUAGGAAUACUUCCCAAUAAAUUCCAGACCGAUUCGUAGUCACCGGAGUUUCUUAGAAGUCGCCGGAGUUGCAAGCCGUGGAAACGGGUCUUCAGAAAAGACACGAUUUUGCCGUAGAUAGGGGUGGCGGAGCUUCUCCUCGACGUGAGGAUCAUUUUGCAACUUGAAUCGUCGAAAUCCGUUACCUAAGGAGAAUUCAAGUGAAGAUCAAGCUAGAGAUUUUAUUAAGGAGAUUAUCGCAAUUUAAGAUAUCAUGGCACCAAGAAGAGACCCUGAUAACACGCCCACCAAUGCUGAGUUGGCACAAAGCGUUCAGCAACUGGCACAAUUUAUGCACACACUGGGUGCUACUGUGCUCCAGAACAACCAAAACCAGAACAACGGGAAUGAUGCCGCAAAACGAGUGGCAUCUCGCAACCCUCCAAGCUUUCAUGGGCAAGAAGAUCCUCGUAUCCUCGAGAAUUGGCUCCGACUCUUUGACAAACUCUUCGACGCAGUGAGCUGUCCGGAAGAACAAAGGGUUGACAUUGCUGUUUACUAUUUACAGCAAGAGGCGGAUAACUGGUGGGUCUCAUCAGGCCCAACUUUACGUCAACAACCUGACUUCAAUUGGGAAGCUUUCAAGAUUGCCAUGAGGAAACGUUUUUAUCCUGCACACGUUCAGGCCACCAUGCGUGAUGAAUUCAUACAUUUGAAACAGAUGGGCAUGAGUGUCCAGGAAUAUCACAAUAAAUUCGUGGACCUCGCGCCAUUUGCGAAAACAAUAGUGCCUGAUGAAAGCACCAAAGUUGAGAAAUUUAUCUACGGAUUAAACUAUGAUACGCAGAAAAUCGUCGCUGUUUUGGGUUGCCAAACUCUGACUGAAGCUUAUGAUAGAGCUGCAGUUCACUAUCGAGUUCAGCAACUACAAAGAGAGAGGAACCAGAAGAUGAAGAGGGACGAAGAUGGAGGUCGAGGAGAAAAGAGGGUCAGAGUGCACCCACCUACACAGCAACAAGAAGGGAGGAGGAGGAGAGAUGACCAAGGUGGAAGAAAUUUCCAUGGUCAAAACCAACAAAAUGAUCGAAGAGUUGCUCCCAGAGAUAGACACUUCUACUGCAAGAGGUGCGGGAGAGAUCAUCCUGGUGUUAAUUGCGAUGGAAGCCUGACAAAAUGUUUCAAUUGUGGGAAGCUAGGGCACCGAACCUUCGAGUGUCUCUCAAAGACCAAUGGGGCACCAGUGCACCAGGUGCAAUACCGUGAUGGAGGAAGGCCAGAUAUGAACCAAGCUGGGCCAAAUGGAGGACAAAAUAACGACAAUGCCGCCGCCAACAACAACCGCAACCCUCGAGGAGGAGGGGAGAAUAAUCAUGGCAAUGGCAAUGGCGGGAACAAUGGCAACGGCGGAAACAACGGCAACCGUCCGAACCAAGGGCGAAUCAUGGUGAUGAAUCAGGCCCAAGCCAAUGCUAAUGAUGUGGUUUCAGGUACAUUCCUUGUAAAUUCUGAGCCUGCUUAUGUUCUAUUUGAUUCUGGUGCUUCUCACAGUUUCAUAUCUUCUAGUUUCGUUAAGAAAUUGAAGAUUGAACCAACGGCUAGAAUAGACUUGAAUGUAAGAACCGCCUCAGAUAAAUUUGUAACUUGUGAAAAUGUAUACUCCAACAUUCCCAUACUCAUAUCUGAAUCCAACCUACCUGGAGAUUUAAUCCAAUUUGACUUAAAAGAUAUUGACAUAGUACUGGGCAUGGAUUGGUUGGGGAAAUACAAAGCCAGGAUCCUCUGUGAUGAACAGAAGGUGAUCUUGAAGGGUCCAAAUGGGAAGCGAAUAUCUUACAAAGCAAUCACAUCCAAGCCUAGUAUGAGGCUGAUGACUAUGCAACAAUUAAGGCGACAUAUCCGAAAGGGGUAUGAAACAUACCUGUGCUUUAUGAAAGAGGUGAAUACAGGGGAGCCAAACAUUGACCAAAUUGCCGUAGUCAAUGAAUUUCCGGAUGUAUUUCCGGAAGAGAUUCCAGGGAUGCCACCCGAGAGAGAAGUUGAAUUCUCAAUUGAGUUGAUGCCCGGAACCGCGCCAAUUUCAAAAGCACCUUACCGGAUGGCACCGAAAGAAAUGCAGGAGCUGAAGGAACAACUAGAGGAGUUGUUAGAGAAGGGGUACAUAAGACCGAGUGUCUCACCUUGGGGUGCUCCGGUCUUAUUUGUCAAAAAGAAAGAUGGGAGUCUAAGGCUAUGCAUCGAUUACCGAGAGUUGAAUCAAGCAACUAUCAAGAACAAGUACCCAUUGCCCCGAAUUGACGACUUGUUUGAUCAAUUGAAGGGGGCUAGCACAUUCUCUAAGAUAGACUUGCGCUCUGGAUAUCAUCAAGUGAGAAUAUCCGAAAAAGAUGUACCAAAAACAGCAUUCCGCACGAGGUAUGGACACUACGAGUUCACUGUGAUGCCGUUUGGUUUAACAAAUGCACCGGCAGUAUUCAUGGACCUAAUGAACCGUGUAUUCCGACCUUAUCUUGAUACAUUUGUGGUGGUAUUCAUCGAUGAUAUUCUUGUGUAUUCAAAAACCCCAGAGGAUCACGAGAAACACUUGAGACUCACGUUACAAACUUUGAGAGAGAAUCAGUUGUAUGCCAAACUCUCAAAGUGUGACUUCUGGCAGGAUCGGGUAGCGUUCUUGGGUCACAUCAUCACCCAGGAAGGCGUAUCCGUAGAUCCAUCGAAGAUUGAAGCGGUGGUUGAAUGGCGUGCACCUACCUCGGUCACAGAGGUAAGAAGUUUCUUGGGUCUAGCGGGAUACUAUAGGAGAUUUGUUAAAGAUUUCUCCAAGAUAGCAAGACCGCUAACCAACCUGACAAAGAAGACAACCAAAUUCCAAUGGAAUGAAGAUUGUGAAGCAGCAUUCCAAGAGUUGAAGAAAAGACUCACAACUGCGCCGGUCUUGACACUACCGUCAGGGACGGAGGGAUUUGAUAUCUAUAGUGAUGCAUCCAAGAAGGGGUUGGGGUGUGUGCUGAUGCAGAAUAGGAAAGUGGUGGCUUAUGCAUCAAGACAACUAAAGGUGCAUGAAGUCAAUUAUCCUACCCAUGACCUGGAGUUAGCUGCAGUAGUGUUUGCUUUGAAAAUCUGGAGACAUUACCUAUACGGAGCACAUUGUAAGAUAUACACUGACCACAAAAGCUUGAAGUACAUAUUCACUCAAAAAGAGCUUAACAUGAGGCAAAGAAGAUGGCUCGAGCUUAUCAAUGAUUACGAUCUAGAAAUCCAAUACCACGAGGGAAAAGCUAACGUGGUGGCGGAUGCUUUGAGUCGGAAAUCUGAGCACUCAUGCCGAGCAACAUGGAUAUUACCAGAAGAACUAUUCCGAGACUUCCAAAGAUUGAGCUUGGAAGUAAAGCAAUAUGGCGAAGUAGAUGGUGAAAUACAGUUAUGUACUAUGACUGUUAUACCAUCUAUCUUUGACGAAAUCAAGAACGGACAACCGGGAGAUGUAAAGCUCGAAAGAAUUAAGGAAGGAAUGAAAGAUGGCGUCAACGGACCAUUUAAGGUACAUGAAGAUGGGAGCAUCCGAUACAAGGGAAGGUGGUGUGUUCCACUGAAGUGUACAGAUAUUAAAAAACAAAUCAUGGAGGAGGGACACAACACGCCCUACUCGGUACAUCCCGGGGGAGACAAACUAUACAAAGACCUCAAAAAGAACUUUUGGUGGCCGGGAAUGAAGAAAGAAGUAGCUGAAUUUGUAUCCCGAUGUUUGAACUGCCAAAAAGUCAAAGCGGAGAGAUGCAAACCCAAGGGACUCGUGCAACCCUUGGAAGUACCAACAUGGAAAUGGGAUUCAAUCUCAAUGGACUUUGUCGGGGGUUUACCUUUAACAAAGUCCGGGAAAGAUAAAAUUUGGGUGGUAGUGGAUAGAUUGACCAAAACUGCAAGGUUCAUUCCUAUGAAUGAAACCUGGAGCAUGGAGAAACUGGCAAAAGCCUAUGUCAAACACGUGGUCAAACACCACGGAGUACCUCAAGACAUCGUAUCAGACCGAGAUUCACGAUUCUUAUCCCAAUUUUGGAAAGAAUUACAAACGGCUAUGGGAACAAAAUUGAAGUUAAGUACUGCUUUCCAUCCAACCACGGACGGACAGACCGAAAGAACAAUCCAAACAUUAGAAGACAUGUUGAGGGCAUGUGUUCUUGAUUUGCAAGGAUCAUGGGAUGAACACCUAGACUUGGUAGAGUUUUCGUACAAUAACAGUUACCAUGCUAGCAUCAGAAUGGCCCCAUACGAAGCUCUAUAUGGUCAAAAGUGUAGGAGUCCCUUAUGUUGGGGUGACAUGGUCGAUCAGGUGGUUCUAGGACCACAAUACUUGCAAGAUACUAUUGAGAAAAUCAAGGUCAUCCAAGAAAGGAUGAAGGCUGCCCAAGACCGACAGAAAUCAUAUGCCGAUCUUGGGAGAAAACCAGCUGAAUUCGAACUAGGGGAGAAAGUUCUACUCAAAGUCUCUCCUACAAGAGGCGUAAUGAGGUUCGGGAAGAAAGGGAAACUAAGCCCGAGAUUCAUCGGACCCUAUGACAUCCUAGAGAAGGUGGGAAAAGUGGCAUAUCGAUUAGCUCUACCCACGGAGUUGGAUAAGGUAACAACCGAUUUGAAAUCAAAUACUUCUCUACGAUUAAAAUACAUUCUUAACAUACCGAUAUAUGCUAGGUACAUAACGUCUUUCACGUAUCACAAUUAAAGAAGUAUGUUCGAGAUGAGUCACAUAUCAUCAAUCCGGAGGUAAGAAAUCCUAGACUUAACAUGAGCCAAACGUAAAUUGAAAAGAAUAUAAGUUAACCGUUAUAUUAUUAGGUGAUUGAAAUGGAUGAGACAUUAUCCUACGAAGAAAAACCCAUAGAGAUUCUCGAUACUAAGACCCGAGAGACAAGGAAGAAGACAGUUAAGAUGGUAAAAGUACUUUGGUCAAACCAUUUGACCGAGAAUGCAACAUGGGAAACCGAAGAGGAUAUGCGUAAACGGUAUCCUGAACUUUUCAAUUAAGGUAAAUAUUCGGUUACGAGGACGUAACCUUUCUUUUAGGGGGGCAGGUUGUAAUAUCUUAUAAACCUAUAAUACUUCAUCUUCAUACUUAAUUCUCGUCUUUGUUUAUGCUUCGAGGACGAAGCAUUCUUUAAGGAGGGUAGAAUGUGAUACCUUGAAAAUUUGAAAUAAAAAUAAAUAAAUAAAUCAGAUAAGUUAUAUCUGAUAAAUCAAAUGAAAGUAAGAUCAAAAUAUUUUUUUUAUUAUACUUGGUGUAUAAAAAUAUACGCACACUACAUGCAAUAGAAUUAAACACUUAUGUAGCAUCGGAAAAAUAAAAUAAAAAAUAAAAUAAAAAUAAAAUGGAAAUAAAUCAGAUAAAAUAUAGGUGACAGAAUGAAUAAAUAAAUAAAUAGAUAAAUAAAUAAAUAAAUAAAUAAAAAUAGUAAGCAUAUUAUAAAUUACUAAUAAUAGCAUCAAAUUAAUAAAUGAAAAUAUCAUAUCAUAAAACAAUGACACAUGCUAAGAUCACCUACCAAAUAAUGUAUAUACAUUAUGUACAUAUAUUUAAAUAUAUAUAUUUAUAUGUAGAACUCAAAAUACAUUUAAGUAAUUAAAAAUAAUAAUAAUAAAAUAAAAUAAAAUGAAACAUCAAUAUAAAUGGGAAUCAAAUCAGGGAUCAAUACACAUGCCAUGUUCAUCAACUACCAACCUAUCAUUAUGUAUAGACAUUAUUAUUUUUAUUAUUAUUAUUAUUAUUAUUAUUAUUAUUCAUACAAUUAUCAAAUAAAUAAAAUAAACCAUAAGGACCAUCUAGACCUAUAAAUACACCCUCUUAGCCAUCCUAAACACUGCAAAUCGGAGAGAUAGAAGCUAUAUAUACAUAUACAUAUGUAUACAUAAUCUCGCCGGAAAAUUUAUGCCUAUAAUAUUUUACGUAUCAAACUUCGUAAAAACGAUAGAGGAGGGUCGUGAGAGGUCUAGGAAUACUUCCCAAUAAAUUCCAGACCGAUUCGUAGUCACCGGAGUUUCUUAGAAGUCGCCGGAGUUGCAAGCCGUGGAAACGGGUCUUCAGAAAAGACACGAUUUUGCCGUAGAUAGGGGUGGCGGAGCUUCUCCUCGACGUGAGGAUCAUUUUGCAACUUGAAUCGUCGAAAUCCGUUACCUAAGGAGAAUUCAAGUGAAGAUCAAGCUAGAGAUUUUAUUAAGGAGAUUAUCGCAAUUUAAGAUGAUUAUGAUUAUGAAGAUUGAUGUACUUGCUGCCCGAGUGUUCCGC